GGUUGUGGCAGACGGGCACGGGAAGCGUCUCGGCGUCGGGGCCCCGCUAGCUGCCAUGGGGACCAACGCGCCGCAGUGCCGGGAACCGCUCGCCCGCGGCCCCCACGAAGUGUAUUUCAAGAAUCUUUCAAAACAGAAACAAAAGGAAAUCAUGGAGAAGAAUGGAAACAACCACAAACUUCGUGUUUGUGUUGCUACUUGCAACCGUGCUGAUUAUUCAAAAUUAGCUCCCAUUAUGUUUGGUAUUAAGGCAGAACCACAGUUUUUUGAGCUUGAUGUUGUAGUGCUUGGUUCCCACCUGAUUGAUGAUUAUGGUAAUACCUAUCGUAUGAUUGAACAAGAUGACUUCGAUAUUCAUACAAGAUUGCACACCAUUGUGAGAGGGGAGGAUGAAGCAGCUAUGGUGGAAUCAGUGGGCCUUGCACUAGUCAAGUUACCAGAUGUCCUGAACCGCCUGAAACCUGACAUAAUGAUAGUUCAUGGGGACAGAUUCGAUGCUUUGGCCCUGGCCACAUCUGCAGCCCUGAUGAAUAUUCGCAUUCUUCACAUUGAAGGUGGGGAAGUCAGUGGUACCAUUGAUGACUCUAUCAGACACGCCAUAACCAAACUGGCCCAUUACCAUGUGUGCUGUACAAGGAGCGCAGAGCAGCAUUUGAUAGCCAUGUGUGAAGACCAUGACCGCAUCCUUUUAGCAGGCUGUCCCUCAUAUGACAAGCUUCUCUCUGCCAAAAAUAAGGACUACAUGAGUAUUAUACGCGUGUGGCUAGGUGAAGAUGUCAAAACCAGAGAUUAUAUCGUUGCUUUGCAACAUCCUGUAACCACAGAUAUUAAACAUUCCAUAAAGAUGUUUGAGCUGACACUAGAUGCACUCAUCUCCUUCAACAAGAGAACACUUGUUCUAUUCCCUAAUGUGGAUGCUGGAAGCAAAGAGAUGGUUCGGGUCAUGAGGAAGAAAGGCAUUGAACAUCAUCCCAAUUUUAGGGCAGUAAAGCAUGUCCCAUUUGACCAGUUCAUUCAGCUAGUUGCUCAUGCUGGUUGUAUGAUUGGUAACAGUAGCUGUGGUGUCAGAGAGGUGGGAGCAUUUGGUACACCUGUCAUCAACUUGGGGACACGUCAGACAGGAAGAGAAACAGGUGAAAACGUUCUUCAUGUUCGUGACGCUGAUACACAGGAUAAGAUUCUGCAUGCUCUACAGCUGCAGUUUGGUAAACAAUAUCCAUGCUCAAAAAUAUAUGGAGAUGGUAAUGCUGUUCCACGGAUUUUGAAGUUCCUUAAAUCUAUUGACCUCAAAGAGCCACUGCAAAAGAAAUUCUGUUUUCCUCCUGUCAAAGAUAAUAUAUCUCAAGAUAUUGACCAUAUUCUAGAGACACAGAGUGCUCUGGCUGUGGAUUUAGGUGGAACAAAUCUCCGAGUAGCAAUUGUCAGUAUGAAGGGUGAAAUAGUUAAGAAAUAUACCCAGCUCAACCCUAAAACUUAUGAAGACAGACUAGAAUUAAUUCUAAAGAUGUGUGUAGAAGCUGCAUCAGAGGCAGUAAAUGUGAACUGCAGAAUUUUAGGAGUAGGUAUUUCCACAGGUGGACGGGUAAACCCUCGAGAAGGAAUUGUGCUUCACUCUACAAAACUCAUUCAGGAGUGGAGUUCUGUGGAUCUCAGAACUCCAAUAUCCGAUGUUCUGCACCUGCCAGUCUGGGUGGACAAUGAUGGAAACUGUGCUGCACUAGCAGAGAGGAAAUUUGGUCAUGGAAAAGGCAUAGAAAAUUUUGUAACACUUAUUACUGGUACAGGAAUUGGAGGUGGAAUUGUUCAUCAACAUGAAUUGAUUCAUGGCAGUUCUUUCUGUGCUGCUGAGCUCGGGCAUAUUGUUGUAUCUUUAGAUGGACCAGAGUGCCUGUGUGGCAGCCAAGGAUGUAUAGAAGCAUAUGCCUCUGGAAUAGCAUUACAGAGGGAAGCUAAGAAACUGCAUGAUGAGGAUCUUCUUUUAGUAGAAGGAAUGUCAGUGAAGAAAGAGGAGGUUGUUAGCGCUGCACAUCUCAUUCAGGCAGCCAAACUUGGGAACACAAAAGCAGACAGCAUUCUCAGAACAGCUGGGACUGCAUUAGGCCUUGGAGUUGUGAACAUUCUGCACACCAUGAACCCCUCUCUUGUGAUCCUUUCUGGAGUUUUAGCUAGCCACUAUGUUAAUGCUGUUAAAGAUGUGAUAAAUCGACAGGCUCUAACCUCUGUUAAAACUGUGGAUGUUGUGGUCUCAAAUUUAGCAGAUCCUGCCCUUCUUGGAGCUGCUAGCCUGGUACUAGAUUAUACUACACGUAGAAUAUACUAGGUACCUGGAAGAAUUACAGAAAAGGACUAUUCAGAUUCCUAGUGGAUGGAGGGAAUACUUGGCCCCCAGUUUUUCUUUAACGGUGGCUACUGAAUCAGAUGGUUUUUUAGUAGUUAGUGACUACUUUAGCAUUUCCUAUCAUGUAUUAUUUUCUUGUAUUUUUCCUAAAUUUCACCUGAUUAAGGUGCAAUUCUGUUUUUAAUCACCUCUAUUGGUAAGCCCAUAUGUUGCUUUAAAUGUAGCUGAGUUAUUUGUAAGCAUGGUGAGGAAUAUAUGUGUGGUGUGUGAAGUUAUAGCUUAUACUUGGGAAUCUAUAUCUCAUUUCCCAUGUAAGUGAAAUGAGAAGUCUACUAUGUGACCAGCUUUUCACUUUCCAGGCUUCCACUCACACAGUAAAUAUGAUACAAUCAUCAAUAGCAGGUAGUAAUUUGAAGGGGUGGAAAUGAGGCAGCAGAUCUAAAAGGCUGCAUCUAAUAGUUGUGGUUCAUGAAUGACCUGGUGGAGAUGGUUAUUUAUAACAUCUUUAGAGGGCAAUGUCCCACUUUAGCAGCUUUGUAUAUAAAGGAAAAAUUAGUGAGCUUAUAGCCUACACAGCAGUCCAAACAAACUGAAAAUCUAUGAGCAUCUUUCUGUUCUGGCUAUGGUCAACAGUAAAUUACUUGAGGAUUUCUCAAGAGACUUAAGUCUACUACUUUGUAGAGCAAAUAAGCAGAGGUAAGACAUGUUUAUUCUUUGGUAGCCAGUUAGCUGAAAUUCAUAAAGACUCUACCAUUCAAGGACACUCUCCCACUGCAGUGACACAGUGUAUCUCCUCAGCAGUUCUGGUCCUGCAUUCACCAUCAGUUUGCAGGAUGGAAAGUCAAAUCUGAGCCUAAUCUUCUUGAAGACAUUCAGAAGCCUGUGAACAAAGAAUGUCAAAUACCAAUGAAGGCUUGCCUAGGUAAACCAUGGUCUUUUUUUAAGUAGUCCUUCUUGAUAUGUAGCUUUUUAGCACACUUUCAGGAUACUGUAGUAGUAACUAUUUGAGACAUGGCAAAACUGAAAAGAAGGCCCAUCUAAGUGGUCAGCUAUCCCAGAAAGAGAAUACCUGUGGAGGAACUGUCACAAGACCGUCCUCUGUCCUGCAUUUAAUGGCAUAUUUUGACAUCUAAUUUGUCCACUUACAAUAUACUCAAGAGCCCAGUAAUGUACUAGUAUAGAGGAAUAAAUGGGGCUAUUUCCAUACUCAGAUUUCUUUUUCAGGUGAAAUAAAACAACCUUCUGCAACCACUAUCUGUACAAUAAUCAAGGACUGAAUACCUGUUAGUAUAGUGAACCGCUCUACUUGCUAAUUCUGGGAUAUAAUCUCUAAAAGUUGCCUUCAUUUCAAUCCUGUUUUUGACAAGGAGUUCUUACUGAAAGAUCACAUCUUCGUAGCAAACUUUAGAAACACCACCACAUCUUCUUGUUGUCUUCAGGAGCACUUGUGCAGCCUCUGUACCAUUUUUUUUUCUCAGAAUUAGCAAAUACUGGCUCUUAAUGAUUUGCAAAGUCACAGUGCUCUUUAUGUCACCAGGGGCUUUUAGUUCCUUUUCCUAUGUGUCUUAGUUUAGUUUGCUUGGUGAUUCCCACUAACUUCAAUACCAGAGUGGUAGCAUAAGUAGGUCAAAAAGAAAUCGGCUUUGCUCUGUGAUGACAGUAGUUCAGGUCAGGAGUAACACCACUGAGGUUCUGAGAGCAAAAUGCCCUGUCAUUUGAUCUUUCCAUCCUCUAACAUGGCAAAGAAUGCCUGACUAAAGGCUUUUGCUUUCCAGAUCUCCUGAAGCUCUGUAUUUUUGGUAUCUAGACUUCAGGUAUGUUUUUCCCUAGCUGCUGAAGGAGGGUGUUGGCAUACAGAAAACAUGAAAGACAGAAAAGAUUUUAAAAACUUGAACACCUUUAACAAACACCUUGUCUUGUUAAGCAAAUCAUUCUUCAGAUGCUUUUGAAAAAGUUUUUUUCUGUCAACUGGACAAGAACCUGCUGCAUAUGUGCAAAUAGUGCAGAAGUUUGUGGAUGUAUAAAAUAUAAAAAUUGUAUACAUUUCAUAAAGUAUUAAAAAGUGUAGCAUAAUAGUGA